AUGGCAAAGCCCACGAUCAUUUUGGUCCCCGGAGCCUGGCACAAAGCCCUCGAAAGCUUCCAUCUACUUACGACACUACUGGGGAAUCACGGAUAUGUCGUGGAAGCCGUUCCGCUUGCCUCUGUCGGCCAGUCUCUUCCACGAUUAGGAUUUGAAGAAGAUGUCAAGAACGUUGCCACUGUCAUUGAGAAGCAUGCAGACCAAGGCUCCGACAUCGUGGUUCUCUUUCAUUCCUACGGUGGAGUUCCUGGUUCGUCCGCUUGCCGACACCUUCUGAAGUCCGAUCGAUCAGCCGUCGGGAAGGCUGGAGGAAUUACGCACGUUGUGUACUGUGCAGCAUUCGCCAUUGAAGAGGGACGUUGUUUGAUGGAUGGGAUGGGGGGCCAGCCUCUUCCGUGGUGGGUGUUCGACGAGAGCGAAGAAUCCAUGAUGCCCGAGGACCCCGAAAAUACAUUUCUACAACGACAUCGAUGA